ACAACCUGGAUUUUCUCAUCCCACCGUGCCGUUGAUCCCUACAGUUUCGGAAGUUAGCGGGUUGAACAAAUGGAUCACAUAAAACCACUUUUUAUUUUUAUAUUUUAAAUUUUUUGGUACCACUCAAAGAUUCAGAUUGCGGAAAAUCUUUCGGAUUUGAGGACCAGGUAGGGAUAAGUCGAUGGGCUUGUAACAGAGCCACGAAAGGAGAGGAGUUUUGGUUUCCAAAACCUCGUUUCUUCUCAAUACAAAAAAAAAAAAUGCUGCAGAAGCUGUGUUUGAUGGCUUCUCAUGGAUGCCCUCCCGGACUUUCUUUGCAGCAAGAGCUGGCCAUGGUUGGCUGCACCAUUACCAAGGUGGUUAAGGAUUCGGUACUAAGUCUUACUUUCUUCAUGGGUGUGUAUUCGAAUCUCCCAGAGGUCACUUUUCCCGCAUGGUAGCAAUGCUCGCCAGGGAGAUCCCUUGGUGCCUAGGGGCUAAUUGAAUAUCUGCAAUUGGGUAGGACUGCUUGCGGUUCGGACCUAUGCAGUAAUCUUUUAGGGUUGUAAACCAUUAUUGCCUUCUCCUGUAUUGAAACUAGAAAUUAUCAGAUAUGGGUCCUCCCUAAAUCCAUUCGAGGAGUCUAGCAAGUCCCAGAAAGAGUGGUUCAAUUCUAAUCAGAUUGUCAACAUGAACUUGUCGACUCAAAGGCCUAUGCUCAUUGAUGUCCAAGAAACCUAUCCAAGCCCAGUAGAUUUUGGCUUUGGCAUCGUUGAACAAUGCAGUGAGCACGAUAAAAUUUUGCAGUGUAUCAUGUCUGAGAGUGCUGAAGCUGGGAUAGGUGGAGUACAUAUAUCUUUGUUGUCUGACUUGAUGGGUUUACAAUUGCCAGGCAUUGAUGAACCUCAAAAACCAUUGACACCUCUUAUCCCAAAAAGCAAAUUCUUUAUCCCGAAGCUUUUGCUCGAUAUUUUUCAAGAUUCAGCCUUUAGUUCAAAGAUUACAGUUCAUCCAGAUGGUCAAGUCACUUUUAUGGGCACUGCAAUUGAGAUGAAAGAUCUUCUUUCUGUAGUUGCUGACUCAUACUUAUUACGUAAGGGUGAAAAACAAUCUAUGCUUGUUCCGCACUUCAGCAGGAUGAGUAUCAAUGAAGUAGAAGUUACAAGUCUUUCCUCCACAUUGGAUAUUCAUUCUACAUUGACUGUUCCUUUAAAGAGUCCUGAGAAAGUCAAAGUCAAGCCAUCACAAAAGAAGAACAAGAAAGUAGCCAGAGAGAGGGAUCUAUUCAAGAAGAACUACUUACAUGCAUGUGAGAGCCUUCUGUCCCUAAUGGUUGACAAGAGGCGACAACGGAAAACCGCAAUUCUCUCACUGAAGAAAUCUGGCCCUGAGCUUCCUGAGCUCCUCACACAAUUUUCUGCUGGUAUUGCUGGUACUGGCCUUGCUGUCCUGCUAUCUGUGAUCUGUAAGCUAGCUUGUGGAAGGGGGGUUUCCUUUUGUGCGUAUAAGCUCCUCAACACUGGGUUUGGAUUUGGUCUGGUUUGGCUUUCUUGGGCAGUUAAUAAGCUAAGGGAUACAAUUGUCAGCAUGAACAAGAAUACAGGAAAGCUUGGACUGAAAGAUGAGGAAAUGAUUCAAAAGGUCGAUAAGAGCCUAAGAGAGGUUUACUUCAGAGCCGCCACGUUGCUAGCAGUGGCAGUGCUAAGGUUAGCUUGAGCACUACCUCUAAGGACAUGAUCACGUUGAGUUUGAAGAGCUGUAAGCUUCGCAAGGCCACACAUUGGAACAACCAUUAUACCUGAUCAGUUGGAUGUCCAUGGCCAUGUCUUUUGGGGAUGUGAUACAAAGCAAUCUUGGUUUCAAACCAAAUGAACCUUUGCUUGAUGUUGGAAGCACAAGAUUGUGGAUGAUUGGCUUGAUCAGCACUUGGAUGGUGUACUUACGGUAUGGUUAGUACCUCAUUUUAAUAAACAAAGCAAGCAACAUACUCGUAUGCUUGGCAUUAGGGCGGUAAGACAAAUUGUAAAGUGUAAUGUAAAAUUUUGCGAUGAAAUACUGUUUUGGUGAAAUUGUUGCUUGGUAUCAGCGCAUGGAUUAUCUCUGCAAAAGAUUAACGCAUGCUGUAAUGCUAGUGCCACUAAUAUUCAUCACAUAUAGCAGUAAUCUUUGAUCUAAGAUAUGCUACUGAAACAUGAAAAACUUU